AUAUUCACUUUUUUUUUCCUCCCUUCUUCUGCUGCUGUUUAGUGGUGCUCCAUUUGCAAAGUUUGACACUUGAUCUAAUGAUCAUCUCCGAUCCAUCCUCCACCUAACCCUAAAUUCCUCCUCAUCCUCGAUUCUUCCAUCUUUUUCUCCGUUUCUUGAUUGAUCCGAGUGAAAUUCUCAACCUUUGUUUCUGAAUUUUGAUUGCUCCUGAGCUGUACAAUUUGGUGUCCGGCUGAGCUUGCUGUCGCCGUCGCCGGCGCCGGCUAUGGUGCGCGAGUUCUUGGCUGUGGUGGCGCGCGCGGCGCUGCAGUGGGCGCUGUCGUCGCUGCUGCUCGCCAACGGCGCCGCCUUCUGCCUCAUCGCCGCCGCGGCCUCGUGGCUACGCCUCCCCCCGCCGUGCCUCCUCUGCGCCGGCGUCCACCGGCUGCUCUGCUCCGCCUCCGCCUCCUCCGACGCGCACAGCCAAGAACGCGCCGCCUUCCGACGCCUCCUGUGCGACGCGCACGUCGCCGCCAUCGCCGCAGCGGCGACGCCGGAGCCGGAGAAGAAGCAGGAGCAGGAGCAGCAGCAGCAGAGGACGCGCUCUGCUUCUGAGCAGAUUGAGGAGGAGAAGAGAGACGGAGCAGAGGCUGAAAAUUCAGACAAACAUGGAGGAAUGGAGGCUCACCGCCGCGUCGUCUCCAUCGGCAGCGAGAUCUGCGAGCGAGACCACGUCGGCGACCAGCGCUCCGCCGGUGACGAUGCAGACGGCGACGGCGAAGACCCUUACGUGUCCCUCUUCGAGCUCGCGCCCAUCGUGGCGCGCGCGCCGCCGCGGGACGACGGGCAAGAAUCGCUCGACGACCUGCCGGCCGAGCUGCGGCGCGACGGCGCGCCGCUGACCGUGGGCGGGCUCGUCGCGGCGCUCCGGGCGCAGCGGCGGGAGCUGGAGGCGGUGCGCGCGGAGCUCGACGGCGAGCGGCGCGCGGGCGCGGAGGCGGCGGAGUACCAGCGGCAGCUGGAGGAGCAGGGGGAGUUCGACCGCGAGGCGGUGCGGCUCGCCAUGCAGCUCGUCCACGAGGCCGAGACGGAGAAGCACGGCCUGCAGCGGCAGCUCGACGCGUGCAGGGUCAAGGCCCAGCUCUACGAGGCCGCCGCCGCCGCCAUGGACCACGCCACCUCGCCCUUGCCGGCGGUGACGCGGCACGACGACGCGGAUCAGCAGGCGCCGGCCGGCGUGGAGACGAGCGGCGACGGCAGCAACAACAACUACCAGUCGCUGGUGGACUUCUUGCCCGGGUCGGUGUUCUCCUCCUCGCCGGACCUGGCCAACCUGCUCAAGCUCUACACCGAGGGCAAUGGCGGCCGUCGUCACAGGGACGGCCUGAUCGACGGCACGGCGCCGGCUGUCCCUGUGGUCGGCGAGGAGGAGGAAGAAGAAGAGGAGGAGGAGGAGGAAGUCGACGCCGUGGCCAUCAAUGGCCAGGGUCCGGAUGCGAAUGGUGAGACUGCCGCCACCAUCACCAUUGCCGGUGAUCCUUCGCCGGAAAGAAGUCAUGAUGACCUCGAAUCCUCCGAAGUCUCACCCGUGCGAUGAAUUAGGGAUCUUCAGACGAACAGAAAUUGUAUGUAAUGUAAAUUUCAAUUUCAGCGUAAAUGCCAUUUUUUUUCUUUUCAUUUUCUCCCAUCAUUCCAUAUAUAGAGCUUGAAAGUGUGUCAUGAAGAAAUGGUGCGUUUCAGUGCUUGUGUUUAGUUCUUUUAUUAUCAGUUGACAGCUAUACCAUUCAUCA